UCUCAGUCCACUUUCUUCCAUCGUCAAACGUUCAUUUGCUCAAAAAUUAAAAUCAAACUUACCACCCACUCGUAAAACAGAACUAUUACCAUUUGCUUUGCUCUGCUUCAAUGGCUACCAAAGUAUAUAUCGUGUACUAUUCCAUGUAUGGACAUGUAGAGACACUGGCAGAAGAGAUCAAGAAGGGUGCUACAUCUGUUGAAGGUGUUGAGGCCAAAUUAUGGCAGGUUCCUGAGACCCUGCCAGAAGAGGUUCUUGGAAAGAUGAGUGCACCACCAAAGAGUGAUGUACCGAUCAUUACACCAAAUGAACUUCCCGAGGCUGAUGGAUUUGUCUUUGGCUUCCCGACAAGAUUCGGAAUGAUGGCUGCCCAAUUUAAAGCAUUUCUAGAUGCAACAGGUGGUUUAUGGAGAACACAGCAACUUGCAGGCAAACCUGCUGGAAUCUUCUAUAGCACAGGAUCUCAAGGUGGUGGACAAGAGACUACAGCGUUGACUGCCAUCACCCAGCUUGUUCACCAUGGACUGAUAUUUGUACCCAUUGGUUACACCUUCGGUGCUGGCAUGUUUGAGAUGGAGAAAGUAAAAGGUGGAAGUCCUUAUGGUGCAGGAACUUUCGCAGGAGAUGGAUCCAGGCAACCCACUAAGCUUGAGUUGGAGCAGGCUUACCACCAGGGAAAGUACAUUGCUACCAUCACAAAGAAGCUCAAGGGAACAGUUUAAUUUCAUUUGAUUACAGAAUUAUAGUUCUUCGCCCUUACAUUUUUCUACUCCAAAGAUUAUGGUUUUGUGAGCAAUAAUUAUUUCUUUGUUGGUUAUAUGUUUUAUAUGUGUGAUGCAUAGUGGUGCCAUAUUGCUUUCUGUCAAUGGUAAAAGGUUGUUUGCUUCUUUAUUUAUAAAAUGUUUCUCCGCUUCGCUUGAUGAAUUAUAAGAUACCGUACUUUCUCCA